AUGAUGAGGGUACUCAAAGGACUACCUCCUCACUUUGAGAUGCUGAAGGUGGUGUUGAACAACCAGUCAUCAUCGCUCACUAAGGAUCAGCUGCUUACCUCCUUGAGGAGCGAGGAGAUGCGGAUUGGUGUCGCACCAAGAUCGGAUGGUGUAGCCACAUUUGGAGCGGGUACGAAAGUGGGCAGCAGCGGCAGGGGAAAUUGGGUCAAGGGAGGAAAGCAUGGAGACAUCGGUAGCAGCAGUGACACCAACUCGGGCAGAUGGGGUCAAGGGAAAGGCAAAGCGGGAGUGCUUGAUUUCCCUUGGGGGUCCAAGGGCAUGGCUCCUCGGGGGUUGUGUCAUGGCUGUUGGGAUGAGGGACAUGCAUGGCAGCGAUGUCCUCAUCGACCUAAGGGAGGCAUUCCGGCAUUCUUAAAGCGGGGGGGUCGUAGGUCCAACGGCAAGGCACAGGUGGCGGAUGAGGAGGAGCAGGAUGACAAGGCAGAGGCAGUGGUUGGAGAAGCAGUUGCAGCAGUGGGAGAGGAGCAGCCGCGAGAGGGGUGGUGGAUUGACAGUGGGGCCAGCCACAACUUUACUCCUUAUGCAUCGGACUUCAAAAGUAAGCUUCAACCACCAGAGGUUCGGGGAGUUAGAUUGGGAGAUGGACGGGUGGUGAAAGCUGUUGGCAUGGGUGAGGUGCCAGUGGUUGGUGCUGGAGGUCAGCUGCUGAGGAUUCAAAAGGUCCACCUUGUGCCUGAGAUGCACACGCGUCUGCUGUCAGUCCCACACCUCACCUCUCGAGAUGUCAUUGUCACAUUCAAAGGCAAGAGAUGUGUCCUUCAACGGGGGGAGCGGGUGUUGGCGAUUGGAGAAAAGGAGAGGGGAAGGGACCAUGGAUUGGUGCGGAUGUUUCUUCCUCUUGCUCAGGGCACACAGGGCAGUGCUCUUGCAGCUAAGUCGUCCUCCUCAUUUUCCCCAUUGACCCUUGCCCAUCGCCGCCUUGGUCAUACCGCCCCCACAACAUUGCAACAGAUGGCUCGGGGGAACAGUGUACUGGGCUUGGAGAUUGGGGGGGGGAACACUGAUUGUUCCCCAUGUGAGCCCUGCUUAUUGGGAAAGUCGGCUCGGAAGCCGUUUCCCCAUGAGGCGUCUCGGGCACUUGGGCCUUUGGAUGAGGUCCACAUGGAUUUGUGGGGGCCGGUGCGCACACCAUCACUGGGAGGAGCGGUGUAUGUCCUCAGUCUCAUUGACGACUUCACCAGACGAGUUUGGUCGUUCCCCCUCCCCAACAAGGAAUCGGCCAUAGUUGCAAAAGUCCUUCGCCAGUGGCAUAAGGACGUGGAGUUGGAGUGUGGGCGGAAGCUGAAGGCUGUUCGCUCGGACAGGGGUGGCGAGUUCUUGGGGGAAGCUGUAAAAGCAUGGAAGGCGGAGUUUGGCAUUAAAACUCAAUUGAGCGUCGCAGAUACACCGCAACAGAAUGGGGUUGUGGAGAGGUGGCACAGGACGAUGGCAGAGGGGAUUCGCACAUUGUUGGUCGACAGUGGUCUCCCUGCUCGCUUGUGGGGUGAAGCAUUGAUGUGGGUCGUGUGGGUUAAGAACAGGGUCACCCACAGUGCUUUGCCUGCCUCCAUCACACCAAUGGAGGCGUGGUCCGGCCAGAAGCCGCAUGUGGGCAUGGCUCGGAUUUGGGGUUGCAUGGGGAGUGUCAUGUUGCAUGGGCAUGAGAAGGGUGGCAAGCUUGAUGCACGGGCUGUCAUGUGUGUCUGUGUUGGGGUGGACAUGGAGAGCAAGGGUUGGCGCAUGCUGGACCCUUCUAUCAUGCGCAUUCGCAUUGCUCGGGAUGUUGAUUUCCUUGAGAAUGUGAUGUGGAAGGAUUGGGACAAGGCAAAGGAAUUUGGGGAGCUUCUGCAGGAUGCAGCUGCAAUUUCCCAACUCCUCCCUCUUCCACUCUCGCCACCUUCAGCAAUGGCUGACGACGUUGAGAUGCCACUUUCACCACUGCCACCGGCACCGCUGAGUGUGUCGGUGCAGCAGCAGCCCACCCCUCUGCAGCAGCUCAGUGGCCCCUCGGUCAUUCAGCGGAGAUCCGCUACACAGGCUACUUCCUCUUCCUCCUCCUCUGGUCAGCGCUCUAUCCCUCUCUCUACGGGUGCCCCUCCGUCACCAGCGACUACCUCCCCACCACCGGUUACGGGUUUGCAGGUGCUUGGUAUCCAGUCUGGUACAGGUGGUGAGGAGGUAGGGGGGGAUGCUGGUGUGGUUGAGGGCAUGCUAUGUUUGGCCAGGGAGGUGGAAGGUGUUGCACUGGCAGGUGUGAGCACAGGUCAAGGGGUGCUUGCUCAGAGGUACCAGAUGAAGGAUCUAGGUGAGGUAUCCAUGUACCUUGGUGUGGAGGUUCGCAGGUCGGUCAAGGAUGGGUGGUUGGAGAUUGGUCAGGAGAAGUAUGUCCGUGGUCUCCAGGGAAGGUUUGGUGAUCUGCUGAAGGAGACCCAUAGGGUGCAUACUCCAAUGUCACCCAAUGAUCUCUCUAAGAUCAGGAAUGGUACUUGGUCAACUGAGGAAGGUGUUGCAGCUGAUGUCAAGGUGUACCAGAGUCUCAUUGGCAGCUUGAUGUAUGCUGCUGUGACCACCCGUCCUGACAUGUCUUUCACUGUCAACACCCUUGCACAGUCCUGCGUGGCACCAAGACGCAUUCACAUGCGCGCUGCACUGAGAGCACUCAGCUUGCAGCUGCAUGAGAACCUGGAGCGCAUCGGCAUGCGAGUGAUUGCUGCGAAGGCCAAGGCUUCAUUCGCUGGAGGGGUUGUAUUUUGA